GUUGCUAUGCUAUGAUACUUGCUAUCGAAGCAAUAGUCUAUAGUAAAUACAGAGAUAUGUCACCUUAUCUUAUUGCUGCUUUGGUUUUUAUGCUAUUUGCUGCUGAAGCAAGUACUGCCACUGGUAAGAGAGAAAAGAGGGAAUUGCCUUUAUCUUACAAUUGCAAUCCUUAUCAUCCUGGCUCAUGUCAAAAAGGAGAUUUGAUUUCUACAAGUGUGGCUGACUGUGAAAAAGAUAGUUUUAUUGUGACAUGUGAUCCUAUAAAUAACAGAUUUUUUAGUAGCGUGGUCGAUAUCCCUGAUGUCAGUCGUUAUGGGGUUAACUGUGUUUCAAAAAAAGGAAAUUGCGGGUCUGCUGGAUCUGACACGAGAUGUGUUUGUUACAAAGCUGUGGAUGUGGAUGGACCUUUUUCUAAUCAAUGUCGGUGCCAGUAUUGGCCAGCUGUCGAUAUUCGAAUGAACCAACCGAGUUAUUGUACUCAGUAUGAUCAUGGAGGCCAGUCUAGCCUUCACUUCUUUACUUGCUGUGACAAUUCCAAUGAUAUGAAUGAUCAAACUUGCGUGGGGACAACCUAUCAAGGAGGUGGGAGCACUGAUUCGUACUGUGGUCAGAAUGGCUUGAGUAACCCAUCGGGAGGAGGAAGAAUCACCUACAGAUUCAACUGUGGUAAUUGUGAUAAUCAAGAUGCAUGUAAAAGCAGAUGCGAUAAAAAUUGGUUAUCCAAAAACAUCCCUGGAUUAUGCCCAAAGUACUCUGCGUGUUUUAGAGGAUGCUGUGCUCAAAAAGGUAGUGCACGGGGAAAGAGACAAAUUGAUUCAAUGCAGUUCUGUGGUGAUUUCACAUGUCAGAGUGGAGAAAAUUCUACGAAUUGCCCUGUUGAUUGCUGUCCUGUUACAAAUCCUACUGAUUGCAAUGCAGAUACCUGUAGUCCAGGCUGUUGUCUCGAACCUCAUUGCUGCGUUAAUGGUGGUACUUCAGGGAGUAAUGCCCUUAAAAGUUUGGUGUAUUUACCGGUACUACUGCUAUUAAUGACAUUGUGUGCUAUACACAAUUAAAGAUAUAUACACUGCAUUGCGUUGUGGAAGAGACAUUAACACUUGUUAAUUAUGUGUACUAUAGUGUCAAGAAUUUAGUGCUUUGUCAAUUCUUGUCAGCAGCAACUUUGAUACUGUUUUGUUUUCAUUAUUGCUUUCUAAUUGUC